ACCUUCAAGCAAUUUACUGGCUGCUCAUUUCUGAAGUUAUCUUCUAAAUAACACAGUAUACAGAAUGCAUUACAAAAAAUAACUCAUUCACGUCUGGUAGAGCAGAUGAGAAAAGUCUGGAAAAAGUACACAUUUACAUAAAAAGCCUGCGCACGCACAUAAAAAUGCAAUGCCAGAAAGUGUUUUAUUUCAACGGAUGUCUUUUAAUGACGAUAUUCUUAACAUCAGUGAUAAUUUCACUUAAUGGCAAAUAUCAACAGCGUGAAUUUGGCUUGAUAUUUAGUCCAAAUAAAAAGACCAUUACACGUGAACAGCUAACUACAAUGUCUCCAGUUAUCACAUACAUCUUUGACAUCGUUUAUCCCUUUAACUACAGAUUUAUUCUCAAUGAGCCAAGUAAAUGCAAGCCCACAGCCCCAUUUCUGGUUCUGCUGGUUCCAACACAAGCAAAACAGUUUGCUGAAAGGAAGGCAAUUAGAGAGACGUGGGGCAACGAGAGUCUGGUGCCAGGUGUCUCCAUCGUGAGGCUGUUUUUAUUAGGCAUGUCAAAAGAGUACACAGGUGAACUUCAAAGCUCACUUAAGGAGGAAAGCAUAACAUUUCAUGACAUCAUUCAACAGGAUUUUAUGGACACCUACAACAACUUGACCAUCAAAACAAUGAUGGGACUCCAGUGGGUAAGCACAUUUUGUCCAAAUGCUUCUUAUAUCAUGAAGAUUGACACGGACAUGUUCCUAAAUACAGAAUACUUAGUCAAAUUCCUCAGCCCUGGAACACCAAGGAAAGAAGACUAUUUAACUGGUUAUAUAGUGAAAAAUGCAGCACCAUUCCGAGGUCCAAACAGUAAAUAUUAUGUGCCUUUUAAACUUUAUCCUGCAGACAUCUUUCCUCCCUACUGUGGUGGGCCCGGGUAUGUAUUUUCAGCAGAUAUGGCCAAGAAGAUAUAUGAUGCAGCCCAAGUUAUCACACCAAUCAAUAUGGAAGAUGUUUUUGUUGGGAUUUGUCUGCAAAAGUUAGGACUUUCUGUCACAGAAUCUCCAGCUUCCCUGUUUAACGGGGAAAAGAUCGAAUAUGAGGUGUGUCGCUAUGCAGGCCUGAUCACUGUCCACCAUAUUGCUCUGGAUGAACUUAAGCAAAUAUGGACACAUUUUAUGUUAUCUAGACACACAUGUUCUGCUACCAAAGUUACAUAAGCUAAACUCCACAAAAAAGAGUUUCUUAGACAGUAGUAGAGACUGUUCCACUAAAAAGUGUAACAGUUGUUUAAUCAACCAUAAAUGUGAAGAUUAUGUAUUAUGGUACUAUAUGAGGCUGAUACUUUAGCUAGCAUUAACUGUAAUUAAAUAUCAGAAAGUACGUAUUUUUCCAGAUCAAAUGAGUUCAUUAGCAGCACCUUUAAGACUUCAUUUCAGAAACCAUGGUAACAAUAAUACAUUGAUUCAUGUUGACAAGUAACAAACUACACCAUGGAACAUGUAUUGCAAAUAAUAUAACUAUGGUUCUGUGUAUCGUCCACCACAAUUUCUUUGCGGCCAUCUGUUCAUCUCUUCCCUUUCUUCAUGGUCACUGCAGAAACCUACCACCCAUCCAUUCGUUACAUGACAUGAGAGGGUCUAGCCACUCAAGUUGUCAUUCACAAGUACCUGCAUGACUCAGUCAUAAUCCAUGUGGGUGUAAAUGAGCUGAGAUGUACCACUGUAGACUAUAUGAAUAGAGACAUCAUGGAGCUCUCAGAAUAUGUGUCCCAGGCUGGUAUGACCCUAGCAAUG